ACCUUUGAGUGAGGAUCCAUUGGUGCUUUUAAAAUAAAAUUAAAAGACAAGUGCAAUAUUAGUUUUGGGUUGACUAUAAGUGAGCGAAAAUGAGUACUGAAUUCAAAGAGCUAUCUGCCAUUGAUUUCUUACGUUUUAUGGACAAUGUAGACUCGUUGGACCUUAUCCGUCUAGAAUACUACAUCAUUGAACAGAACCGGAAAAUUUGCGAGGUGUCAGAUGAUGAGCCUGAAAACAAAGGGCGCCGACAGCUGUUACACCGAUUUCUCUGCUGCAUGAAAAGGUACCCCGGAGCCGAUUUUAGAGACGGUUAUGACGCGUACGACGGACAGCAAAGGUAUAUUUGUAUAAGCGACCCAAAAGCAGAAAACUACCAUAAAUUUUGGGAAUUAGCCUGGUGUCGUGAAGUUAAUACCAUCGUGAAGAUAUCUCAAAGAAGAGAGGAAGAACGCUGUCAGUAUUGGAGUUCCAGAGAAAAAAGUGAGACAGAGUUUGGAGGUUUUAGAAUUAAAACUUUGAUGGUCAUCAAGAGACCCCGUUUCAUUUCAACAUUGUUACUCUUGUCUGACCAAAAGAACCGCAAGCGUGAGAUUUGGCACUAUCAUUACACUGCAUCGCCAACUGAUAACAAUCCAGAUGAUCCGUUUAUAUUUUUGUCCUUUGUGUGCAGUCUGAACGACACGUACACUAUUUCUAAGAAGAAACAAUCAGCUGAAUGGAAGCCCGGAGCUGUACUCGUUCAUUGCAACGAUGGUAGCAGUUUUUCGGCGGUAUAUUGUAUCCUCGAUAUUUGUGUUACCCAAUUCAAAUACACAAGUGCGCUUUCAGUGGCAAACGCUUUACAGAAAAUAAGACAGCGGCAGCACAACUGCUUAAAUUAUAACGCAGAUGACUAUAGUUUCUGCUAUCAAGCUAUUCAUAUGUAUGUGUUAGGGGAAAUGGGGCUCAGCCAAAAAUAUCUAGAUGAAAGGGAACUCACUCGAUAAAACACACUGCUUUAAUACGAUUUCAUCAUGCAAUCUUUCCACGUGGUUCUUUUGUUAUUUAUAUGCUGGAGCAGAAAAACGUUGUUGCCUACUUGUAAGUGAAAUAGGUACAUGAUGUAAUACCUUCUAUUUACAAUGAAGGAA